AUGGAAAAACGACCUCAUCGAACUUUUAUAAAAACCGAAACGCAAACUAUAUGGCGAGAUAAAUUCAGAGAACGCUGCUUAAAACGAGCUAAAGCAAACCGAGAUUUAGCAAUUAAUAAUCGAAGACUUGAUUUUUGGAAAAUAUCAAGUAGUGCGGAAAAAGAAUUUGAAGUGUUCAUCGACGACGAAAAGGAGUUGAAAAAAUGGAUAGUUAACGAAUGGACAAAUUUUUGGAACGACGAAGAAUUAAAUAUAAUUUCUGAUAUCAAUGAAGAUUCUGCACUCGAAGCCGAAGCCGAAUUCGCAAUUCGGGAUAACGAAUAUAAUGAAUAUAACGAAUAUAAUGAAUAUAACGAAUACAAUGAAUAUAAAGAAUACAAUGAAGAUUAUACAUCAUCAUUAGUCUAUCAAGACUAUCAACAAUCCUAUUCAAUGGAAAUAGAUAACGAGAAAGAUACAAAUAAUUAUCAACAAAAAAAUGACUUGAAUCGGUUAGAAAAUAUUUUUUGUUUUACAUGCCAAAAUAAUCAAUUUUUGACAAUUGAUUAUAAUUCAAUUCGUUGCCUAAAUUGUGGAUUUAAAGAAAUAUCGUGA